UUUAAUGGGUUCGUCCGCCGAAGCUGUCACUUCCGAUCAUGAAUUUGUUAUUAAAAAUAAAUAAAUCUGAUUAAAGUCAGGAGAUAUUUCUGAAAAAUGGCGGAGAUUCAGGGUGAGGCGGAUGAGAGAAGCCCCCUAUUAAAGUCGGAGUCCGGCAGAUAUCAACAAUGUCCAGUGUCCAAAUUUCAGGGGAAAAAACUGUUUAGUUGGCAGUGAAUCUGUCUGUGAAGGCACAUUGGUUGAGACACUGCAGGAAAAUCAAAGCCGCUGGACAUCAAUCCGGAUAAUGUACCUCACUAUGUUCCUCAGUAGUAUCGGUUUCUCAAUUGUAAUGGCUUCUAUAUGGCCAUUUCUUCAAAAGGUGGAUAAUUCUGCAGAUGCCAGUUUUCUUGGAUGGGUCGUUGCUUCUUAUAGCCUGGGACAAAUGGUUGCUUCUCCACUAUUUGGUGCAUGGUCAAAUUGCAGACCAAGAAGAGAACCUCUUAUUAUAUCAAUUUUCAUUAAUGUUGCAGCAAACAUACUUUAUGGCUAUGUACAUGCCCUUCCAUCACAUAAUAAGUACUAUAUGCUGCUUAGUCGAGCAUUUAUUGGAUUUGGAGCAGGAAAUGUGGCUGUUGUAAGAUCAUAUGUUGCUGGUGCAACUUCACUUCAGGAAAGGAGCGCUGCUAUGGCAAAUAUCAGUGCUAGCCAGGCACUGGGUUUUAUACUGGGACCAGCUUUGCAGGCUGCUAUGACAAGCAUUGGACAAAAAGGAGUGUCUUGGAAAUUAAUUGACCUUGACUUGAACAUGUAUACUACCCCAGCUUUCCUAGGAGCUUUUCUAGGAGUUGCAAAUAUUGGGCUUAUUAUUGCAUUAUUCAGGGAGCACUGUGGUAUGGAAUUGAAUAGAGUGAAAGGUUUAAAUGGUAAUAUCCAAGAAAUUCCUGAGGUGCUUGAAAAUUCCUUUGGCAGCAUUGAUCUGAUUGCAGUGGUGACGUCUAACAUCCUAUUCUUCAUCAUCCUAUUUGUGUUUGCUAUUUUUGAAACGAUAGCCACCCCGUUAACCAUGGACAUGUAUGCAUGGACUGGGAAGCAGGCAGUCCUGUACAAUGGGAUUCUCCUGUUGGGUGUUGGUGUAGAAUCCAUUGUUGUUUUUAUGACAACAAAAAUCCUUACAAAAAGAUUUGAGGAUCGUUUAUUGCUGCUUGGAGGAUUUGUUUUAAUUUUUCUUGGCUUCUUUGUUUUGCUACCAUGGGGAGACCAGUACCCACAAAUCCAGUGGACAGAGAUCAAGAAUAUUUCCAACUACACUUCUGCUGAAAUAAAGUACAAUGAGUCAUCCAUAGUUACUUGGAAUUUCUUUAUGCAGCCUUCACUCAGUCUCAGUGCUGAGAGAAUAGGCUGUCCUUUGCAGCAAGUGUGGUGUCAGUAUGUUCCCAUUAUUCAUCUAUCUCAGUACAUCCUUUCUGCUACCCUGAUUGGAAUGGGGUACCCAGUCUGUAAUGUUAUAUCUUAUACAUUGUAUUCAAAAAUUCUUGGACCAAAACCCCAGGGUGUUUAUAUGGGCUGGCUAACAGCCUCUGGAAGUGGAGCACGCACAUUUGGACCAGUGUUUGUUAGCCAAGUUUACACUCGUUAUGGACCUCGUUGGACGUUUGGUCCCAUUUGUGGGAUAGCGAUGGCUGCUAUAAUACUAACGGGUUCAAUGUAUAAGAGACUCAUAGGAUUCACAAUCCGAUAUCAGAGAUUACAGUAACAAUGGGCUAAAAAAAAAACAAAUUUAUGUAUCCAACCUUGAAACCACAUUGAUAAAGUCUAACUGAUUUGCACUUUAUUUUAUAUUAAAUUGCUGUAAAUUAAAAUAGUACAGAGAAAUGAUUGUAACUGUCAUUUUUUGCUUUAUAUCUUAAUGUAACUUACUUAACAUUGUUUUAUAUGCAACUUGUACUAUAACUUAAUUAGUAGGUUAAUAGCUUUUACACUAAAAUUGGUGCAUCAUGAUGGUGAGAUUUUCAAGUGAUAGCUUUAAAUAAACAAUUUCAUUGGCUU